AUGGGAUGGUUUGACGACAAUGAUCCAAUGGGCGCAGAAGCUGAAGCCUUCGCAGAGGAGACCUAUGAGCUAUACGUGAAGCCUUUCGUGGAAGACUCGGGCAGGAAGUUUACCGAUCCCACUCCUGCCAACACAACUCCCAUGAAACGCGUCGAGCGACCUGAAUCGGAGUGGGGCGAGACUAAGUGGCCAAAGUCGAAACUCAAGUCAGCAACUCUUAUCCCGAAAGGCAGAGCGAAGUCUGAAUAUCUGCUGACAGACAAGGACAUGUUGCCGCUAUCGUACUGCAAGAAAAAGAACUCACAAGGCUAUAAUUGCAUGAAGAUGUACAACAAAUGCGAAGUCGAGCGGAGGGCUUGGGAGAAAUAUGGUGGUCUGAAUGGGCUCGGUGCUGCGCUGAGAGACCACGCAAAUGGGGUAAAACCGGCUCCAUCGUCUUCGUCGCCGAAGAAAACGAAAUCGUCUGUGUCAAAGAGUACCACCUCAGCCAAAGCGAACAUCGUCGGAACGUCGAACGGCAAGGUUGCCAUCCCUCACGCUCCUGCACCCCCGUUCUAA